UAAACAACACACAAACUGCAAACAGACAUGCUUCCUCACUUCAAUUCUCAUCUUCGUAACCCUAAUAAUCAACUCCAUGUCAAUGCAGCCAACGCUUCAGCACCACCUCAGGUUAUGGGGAACCCAGGUAAUUUUGGCCCUAAUCCUAUUCAAGUUCGGCCUCAGUUUCAAGUGGGAAUGCUCAAUAAUCCUCCGCUAGUGAUGCCAGCUUUUACUAACCCAAACACCUAUUUUUCUCCGGCCCAGUUUUUCCCCUAUCCUCAAGGCUCUGUGCAGAACCUCAGUAAUAACAGUCUGCCUCAGUUUUUCACCCAUAAUUCUGUAAAUCCGCCACAGUUCUUGCCUAUUGGGCAAUUGAAUGUGCCAAGUUUAGUGAAAAAUGUUAACCAGCUUUUGCAAAUGCAAAUGCCGAAUUGUGGCCCUCAAAGUUCGGGUCUUUUUGCGAAUGCGCUGUUGGGUGUGUCAAAUGGCAAUGGGGUUAUGCAACAGUCAGUAGAUGGGACUGGUUUAAAGCAUAUAAAUCAUAAUGCUGCUGUAACUAAGGAUUUUGGUUGCGCUCAAGCUCAAAGAAAUGAGAAUGUCUUUUCUCCUGGUUCUGCGAAAUCACAGAAUAAUGCAGGAGCCGCUACUGGAAUGAAUGACAGAAAUAGUAGCUUUAGAAAAUCUCAUAACAAGAACUUUAUAGGGAAUCAUAAACAAGACACAUCACAGAGAGGAUUUAAUAAGAGGCAGUUCAAUCAACGACAAAAUGCACAUGGGAACAGGAACUUGAAGUUUAAUAAUGAAAACCGUGCAAAAGGGAACAAAAAUAAUGAAGUGAAGAACUUUAACUUUUCUAACUCCUUUGAGCAAAUUCAAGCUGGAAAAAGAAGGUCUCUUGUAGUAAACUACACAGAAGAAGAAAUUCAACAGUGGCGUGAAGCACGGAGGAAAAAUUACCCAUCAAAUGCCAACAUGGAGAGGUUGAAACAGAAUCCAACACAAACAGAUGUCACUCAUACAGUCUCAAAGAUGCGGCGACAGCAACUCAAGGAGGUAUUGGCAAAACAAGCUGAAUUGGGUUGUGAAGUUGCAGAAAUACCAUCUUGUUACUUAUCAGAUUCUGAGACACAGAAAGGUUGUAGGCAACAAGCUACUAAGGUAUUUGGUAAGAGAGGAAGAUUUCCUAAUAAGUUUGAUAAGAAGGGCAAGUUCCAUCAAAGUGAUUGGUUCUCUAAGAGACAAAAGCCCGAAAAAGAUGGUUCGGCAAACUCGCAGGAGCAAAGUGAUCAGUUCACUAAGAAGCAGAAAUUGGCUAAUUGCUGCGCCACUAAGCCGUGUACAUCUAAUAAAGAGCCAUCUCUCUUGAAGAAACUGUUAAAUUCUGAUAUCAAACGAGAUAAGAAGCAUCUGCUGCAGGUUUUUAGGUUCAUGGUGAUGAAUUCAUUCUUCGAAGAUUGGCCUGAGAAACCUCUGAAAUUUCCUCUAGUUGUUGUCAAAGAAUCAGGUGACGUAAGUGAGCUUGUAGAAGAACCUCAGGCAGCCAGAGGUGAUACUCCCGAUGGUCUUGUCUCAACCACCGCAGAAAACUCUUGGGUUUGUACUGUAAACUUUAAGAAUAGCAGCCAUGGUGGAGUUGAUGCUCUAGAUAAAAACGCUGCUAGUUGUAGCAGAAUAUAUGCUGAAGCUGAAGAUGAAGAUGAAGAUGAAGGUGUAAAACCGCAAUAACUUCACAAAAUCAUGGACUGAUUGUUAUCUGCUUUUAUGUGUAACUCCAAUAUUUAUAUCUGAUGUAUAUAUUACCUUAUUCUCUUGCUGAUGCCAGAAAACUUUUUUUGCUGUAUCAUCUCCGUUAAUUAGAAUUUCCCUUCUCUUUCGGCCAAAUCUCUUCGUGAGUUCUUUACCUUUUAGUGUUUGUCCCACUGUAUUUCCUCAAAU